UCAUUUUCACGGUAAUUAGUGUGACCAUAAAUAAAAAGAUCAAGAAGUAGGCCUGACGCAUCAACAGACCAACUUUAUAAUACUUUAUAUUAAUAAGAAAUACAAAAUAGGGUAAUCCCAACAUUGCUUUGGAGUACGAAAGAGGGAGCAGACACUGGUAAAACUCCGUAAAGUAGGCCCUAUAGGCCCUAUUUAUUAUUUAAGCAGCUUAAGACCUUGACUAAUGACCAGCACCAGAAAGCUAAAGAUACUCUGUAUACACGGCUACAGGCAAAAUGCUCAAGCUUUUAAAGAAAAGACAGGAGCAUUGAGAAAGUUGCUAAAAAAUCACGCGGACCUUGUGUAUAUAACAGCCCCUCACAGAGUCCCUCCUGGAAAUCUUGGCAGCGCAGCGUGGGCAGACCAAGAGGAUGGCAACCUUCAGGAAAAUAUACCAAAAGAAACAGAGGAAAGAGGCUGGUGGUUCUCUAGGGAAGAUGAUUACUUCAAGUCCACGGACAGGAGCAGUAUCUCUAAAGGCUUUGAUUCAUCUCUUGAGUUGGUGACCAAGACUCUAGAAGACGACGGUCAGUUUGAUGGUAUCCUGGGGUUCAGCCAAGGGGCGUGUCUAGUUUCAAUGUUGUGCAUGAUGCAACAACAGGAGGGCAAAAACUGGUUCAAGUUUGCUGUUCUUGUCGCAGGCUUUAAAAGUCGCUCCUCCAACCAUGACGUGUACUACAGCACCAGGUCACACAUUCCCUCCCUGCACGUUUACGGAGAGACAGACAAGAUCAUCUCCACGGAGAUGAGUGAGGAACUUCUGCAGUUCUUUGAGGAGCCUGUCACCUUAAAGCAUCCCGGAGGCCACUUUGUUGCAGCCACAGGAAAUACCAAGAAGUCCUAUACAGAUUUCUUUACAAAAAUGAAAGAAUUUUGUGAUUCAUCUGCCCCUUGUGAUACAACUGACAGUAAAAAAUUGGUAGAUAUAUCAUAACUAUUAAUUAUUCAAUAAAACAUUUAAUUGUAACAAAU